AUGGACAGGAUUCUGAAUGUUCUUAUUCAAUACUUUGAUGAGGAUAUGGGUAAAGUGGCAACUCAGCAUAUGGCCUCAAGGAAAAUGAAUAUUGCAGAUGCCUUAACAAUCACACACACACUGACAGACAUUCUCCAGUCAUAUAGCCUGAACUGGAAUCAGGUUGUUGGUAUACUGUUGGAUAACUGCAAUGUAAUGAGAGGGAAAAAGUCUGGAGUAGAGACACUAAUCAGGAGAGAAAAUCCAUCACUCCUGGACAUCAGCGGAGACACUGUCCAUAUGGUCUCAAAUGCAGCCAAAGCCCUUUUAAAUCCUUUCCAGGGAUUUGUGGAACAAUGUUGCUCUGAUGUAUACUAUGACAUUGAAAAAUCACCAAAACAGAAAGAAGUUUUUUCUGAGUUUCAGUCCUUACUUCAUUUGGCGAAUAAGAGCCUAAUACGUCCCAUCAGCAGCAGGUUCCUGCAAAUGCUAGAUGUGUGCAACAGAAUACGGGAGCUAAUGGAUCCAUUGGUUGUGCACUUCUACAGCGUCCUGUCUCCUCAUGAUCAACACAAACACAGAUGGCUCCUAAACCAGCUUCUUGAUAAGCAUGCAGUUACAUCUGAUGAGAAGGCCAGAAUAAUUUUUCUGCAACAGCAAAUGGCAAAAUCUGCGAAGAUCGGAAGUGAUGUCAACAAAAAUCGGAAGAUGCGCAUCUGUAUGCUUUUUUCAGAGUUUGACAAGCUCACAACCCUGAUUGAUUUAUACCGAGUGUUCCUGAAGAAGUUGCAGAAUGAAAAGCCCAUGAUCCAUGUGCGGCAUGCUGAAAUGGUGCUACUGGUUCGGGAACUUCUCUCAAAAUUUAUGAAGCCUGAAACUAUCCCCUUGAGUGCAAAGGGCUUGUUGAAGCUUAAUGUUCACAAGAGAGACCUGCAGUACACUGACAAAAGGUUGUCUGUGGGGAAGUUCAGCUUCUUUGCCUUAAACAAGGCUAGAGUGGAAAAGAAGCCCUGGGUGCAGAAGGUCUACAGCUCUCUCAGAGAAGGCUACAUAAAGGCAGCAACAUACCUCCUGAAAAACCUUCCCCUCAACAACAACAUCAUCAACUCUUUAUCUGUGCUGACGCCAUCAUUGAUUCUCCACGAAUCAGUUCAAGGUGCAUUCAACACCUUGGCCAAGGCCUUGCCAAAUGCUGUGAAGUCUGAGGAGUUGGGUCAACUGGAUGAAGAGGUGCGAGCCUACCAGAUUGAUACAGAUCUAGGAGCACUGGCCAAAUGUUUUGAGGAGAACAUUGCAUGA